AUGGAUAAAAGAAAUGAAACCUCAGGAGCUGAUUUCAUCCUCCUAGGCCUUUUCCUGGAUAUGAAUCAUAUCAGAUUUUUUAUUGGUGCCAUGCUUGUGAUUUACACUGUGGCUCUGACUUUGAACUUUGUCCUCAUUCUCCUGAUCUGCGUGGAUUCUCACCUCCACACGCCUAUGUACUUCCUGCUCAGCCAACUGGCUCUCAUGGGCAUGACAUUAAUCUCUAGCACAGUACCCAAGAUGGCAACCAAUUUCUUCUCCAGGAAGAGAAACAUAUCAUGAGUGGCCUGUGGGACUCAGAUCUUCUUCUUCCUGACUCUAGGAAUUGCUGAGUGCAUCCUCAUCACCCUCAUGUCCUAUGACCGGUAUGUGGCCAUCUGCAACCCUCUGAGAUAUGCCCUCAUCAUGAGCCAGAAGGUCUGUCUGCAGAUGGCUGCCAUCUCCUGGGCUGGGGGCGCCCUUACAUCACUCGCACACACGGCCUACACCAUGCACUUCCCCAUCUGUGGUUCCAGAGAGAUUUCCCAUUUCCUCUGUGAGGUCAUGGCCAUUCUAAAAUUGGCCUGUGAUGACAUCUCUGCCUAUGAGAAGGCUGUGAUAGUGACAAGCGUUGUGGUGCUCCUCAUCCCCUUGUCCCUUAUCAUGUCCUCUUAUACUCUCGUCUUCCUUGCCAUCCUCCACAUGAAAUCCCCAGAGGGAAGGGACAAAGCCUUAGCCACUUGCUCUUCCCACUUGACUGCAGUGUGCCUCUAUUAUGGUCCUGCCAUGGUGGUCUACAUGAGGCCUAGUUCCUAUCAUAAUCCCAAGCUGGACCAGGUCUUCUUUGUACUUGGCCCUAUUCUCACACCUUUGCUAAAUCCUCUGAUUUAUGGUCUUAGGAACAAAGAAGUGGUGGGGGCCCUAAGGAAGGUGCUGAGUUGA